UUGGCGCCAUUACUGUUGCGAACAUUUCGCACAAAUUAGCACCAUGAAGAAAGUUUUUACAGCGGAACAGAUAUCGGACUGGUUCACAUCAGGGGCCAGUUCGUUUGUAGAAGUUAAAAUCACAAACGAAGUGCCUGAAAGAAAGCUAGAAGAAGAAACAUGCCACAACAGGUGAGAAACUUUAGCCAUUCCUGUAACGGUGGAAUGUGCCUGAAAAAGUGCUGAUUUUCUCUCUUUGGCUUUCAAUUUUGAAUCCUCAGAGUCUUCUGCGCCUCCACUACCCAGCUAUGAGUACCCCAACCUGCCCAUAACCAAAAACAAAGAAGAGUUGGUUUCCCUUAUCGAAAACAACUCUGUAGUGGUUGUUCGAGGAGCCACAGGCAGUGGCAAGACCACUCUGCUACCCCAGUUCAUUUUGGACCACUACAAUGAGAAAAACACACCAUGCAACAUUGUGGUUACUCAACCACGCAAAAUUGGUGCUACCAGCAUUGCUCGGUGGGUUGCUGUACAAAGGAAGUGCACCCUGGGUAGUCUGGUCGGCUAUCAGGUUUCAUUGGAGAAGAUGGCGACUGAACACACCCGGCUCAUCUACAUGACCACAGGAGUCCUUUUACAAAAAUUGGUUGCGUCCAAAUGCCUCACUGAGUACUCUCACAUUUUCAUUGAUGAGGUUCAUGAGCGAUCUGAGGAGAUGGACUUUGUCCUCCUUGUUUUGAGGAAGCUGCUUCAUACCAACUCUCGUUAUGUCAAGAUCAUUUUAAUGUCAGCCACGAUUAACUGCAGAGAGUUUGCUGAGUACUUUGGCACUCUUAUUCACGGCAAGAUGUACCCUGCCUACGUGUUUCAAGUGGAGGGGUCACCCUACCCCAUAGAGGAGUUUUACCUGGAUGACCUCAAACACUUCUUUCCAUUCAGGGUUCCAUUGGCUCAUUCCAGUGAGCCUCACAUCUCAGUGGAGAUGUACAAUCUUGCCAUCAGUCUCAUCCAGAACUUUGAUGAGUUAGAGGGCAAAGAUGCCAGCAAGGAAAUAAAAGAGGGUGGCGCAACUUCACAAAGAGGUAGUGUGCUGGUUUUCCUUCCUGGUUUACAUGAGAUACUCUACAUGAAAGAGGCUCUGGGCAAGCUGUUCCACAAAAGAUUACAGGUCUAUCCUCUCCAUUCCACUGUGACUGUGGAGGAACAAAAUGGUGUGUUUUUCUCACCUGUCCCUGGAUACAGGAAGGUCAUCCUCUCCACCAACAUCGCAGAGAGUUCAGUCACUGUUCCUGACGUCAAAUACGUCAUUGACUUCUGUCUGGCCCGUCACUUGGUCUGUGACAGAGAUACCAAUUACCAGUCUCUACAGCUCACCUGGGCAUCUAAGACCAACUGCAACCAGCGUAGAGGUCGGGCAGGGCGAGUGUCAAAGAGCUUCUGUUAUCGCCUUGUUACGAAAGAAUUUUGGAUGAAUUAUAUCCCAGAAUACAUGACACCUGAGAUGCUGAGUGCACCCUUGUCUACUGUCAUGCUGAAGGUGAAGCAGCUGGAUAUGGGGGAUCCCCGUGCCCUUCUCUCCACAGCCCUGUCACCCCCCAACCUCAAUGACAUUGUGAGGACUGUACUUCAACUCAAAGAGAUGGGUGCUCUGUCUGCCAAAAGUGCUGGCAGGGGUCACAAUGAGGAUGGCAAAAUGACAUUUCUGGGCCGAGUGCUGGCCCAUUUGCCUGUGGACUUGUACCUGGGGAAGUUGAUUGUUCUGGGCCACGUCUUUGGCUGUCUGGAUGAGUGCCUCAUCAUUGCUGCCUCACACUCCCUGAAAAGUUUCUUUGCAAUACCAUCCAUGCAACAACUUGCCGGCCACAGGAGCAAGUUGGCUUUCACCCAUGGCACCCCAAGUGAUGCUAUAGCAUUUGUCAAUGCCUUCAAGGCAUGGUACUUGCAAAAGAAGGGAGAACUGCGAUAUCCAAAGACUGAGCUGGACUGGGGGAAGGAAAACUUCAUCCAGAUCAGAAGGAUCAAGGAGGUUGCAGAGCUCUAUGAGGACCUGAAGAAACGUGUGUCCCAAUUCAACAUGCAUGUGUCUGAGUACAAUCAACCCUUGGACUACACCAGUCUGCACCAACAGAAGUUCAUUCUACAGGUUGCUAUUGCUGGUGCCUACUACCCCAAUUACUUUGCUCAGGGAGAACUGUACGAAGACAUGGUUUCCAAAGAGCUGAGUGGCUAUGACCCCAGAACAACAGUGAUGUUGAGGAGCCUCCCGCCGUACAGUUUCCUGUACUACAAACAGCUGCAGUCUAUGUUCCGCCUGUGUGGACAGAUCAAAGCCAUUUACUUUGAGAGCUCCAGAGCAUACCUGGAGUUCCACAGGGCAUCCCAGUCCCUAGGAGUCCUCCCUGAGGUGUCUCUUGCCCUCCUUCUGGGACAACAGAAUGUUCCCUUGGAGUUGUCUGUGUACCCCGUGGAACAAGUGGAAGCCAGUGCUGGCAACAGAACAAUCACUCACCUGAAAUACACACGGGUGAAUGUUGACUUCGAGACUCAGUCUGUCUCCCCGGUGGGAGUGGGGAGCAGGACCAUUGAACCAGACAGUCUCCCCCCAAAUCGCUUGUUUGUGGUUAACAUUACAGAGGUGAUAGAUGUUGGCCACUUUUGGGGUUUCCUAGCAGAUGAAGCUAGCUUAAAAAAACAGCGGCAUCUGACAGCAGAGAUUAACAUGCGUGAACUGCAGCCUGUCGCUGUGUCACUGUUUCCCAACCUGCUGUGCCUUGCGCCUUACUGCGAGAGCAAUGAGGAGAGCUUGUACUAUCGUGCCAGGAUCCUGUCCAUGCAUGGCAAAACAGCACAGGUGUUCUUCUCGGACUUUGGCAACACAGCAUCAGUGCCCUUCAGCAGCCUCCGAGAGCUUCCUGCUGACCUUCACUCGCACCUGUUCCAGGCACAGGAAUUCCAAGUAAUUUGCAUGCGCCCUUCAGCUCAGUCUAUGAUCCUGGGCAAUCAGUGGAGCACUCGUGCCCGUGACCGCUUCACCACAAUGGUGAUGGGCCGUUCACUCAUUGCGUCGCUGUAUUCCAUCCUCCAUGACAUCAUGCGCGUGCAGCUGCUCAUGGACUCAGAGAUGGGAAACACUAGUGUGGCAGACAUCUUGGUGGAGGAAGGACAUGCUGUCAUUGCUGAAGAGAGCCAUGAUUCCAAGCAAAACCACGAGGUGCUGAUGUCUGUGUAUGACGAUAUUGAGAAGGGCACAUAUAUUCCCGCUACUACCAGCAACUCCUGGAACGAUCAGAAAAAAGAGGAGAAGCAGCUCAUGGAUGAACUGCUCACCCACUUUUCCAAGAAUCCCAGGUCUUACGCAAAGACAAAGGUUCGAGUGCAUGGACCAGUCACUCCCCAUAAAGUCAUGUUCCAAACCAUGAGUCACAGGACCUUCUGCAAGCAGGUGAUGGUUGAAAAGGGCAGCAUCAACUCCUUUGCUCUGAAUGAAAACCCUCAAUUGAAGCAUCAGAGGAUGCUGGUGGCUGGGUCUGUGUCAGUCAACACCACAGGUUCACGUAUUCUGCUGAGCAAUACCACCUGGAUGCCAGACAUCCCUGGACUUCCUGCGCUCAUCACCAUGCUUUUCACCCCGGUCAUGGAGCUGCGAACCAAUGAAGAGAAGACUUGUUACACCGGUGCCGUCUGUGGCUUAGGGUGGGAUAAUCACACUAAAGAAGAGGGCAUUCUACCCGAGCGUGACAUAGAACUCACCUUUGAUGUUAAAGUUGAUGUUGAGGACAUCACUGAGAUUAAUGCUUUGCGAGUGGCUAUAAACCAUCUGGUGAGUGAAGGAUCCAGCGGCACUCUGCAUCUGGGGUCUGAUCAGAUUUGCCGCCUGCAGGAUGACUGUCGAGAACGGCUCAUAAGAUUGUUUACCAAGUCUCCAUCCAGGGAAGCUGUCACUCCAGAGUACUAUGGGAAAUCAGGCACAUGGAACCAGGUUGAUCCUUCUGUGAAGAUGGACAUUGUUCAGCCUGAAAGCACAAAGAUCAGGAACGUCCUCUUCCAGCUUCAUCCGGUCACUCUCUUAAACAACUGAAAGGCCAGACUUAACCCUUGCAUGUGUUUAGAAAUAUAACUGUUUAUUAUGGUUAACUACUAUUACCAGUUUGUUCAUAUUUGAAGUGGUUUGUUUCAAAAAAGUAGUUUUAAGUUCAAACUGAUAUGUCUCUUAAAGAACUGAAAAGCCAAAGUAAGUCUUGCAUUUGUUUGGAAAUUGAACUGUUUAUCAUGGUUAACUACGAUUACUAGUAUAAGUUUGAACUGAGCAGGUUUGUUUUGAGGAAAGCCAUUUUAAGUUAAUUUGGGCUGUAGCUUUUAGCUCCUCAACAGAAUGAGUGAUCUCUUUUGCUUUUAGGCAUUCCUGGAUACAUUUAUGUUUGUUUAUAAAUGCCAGUGUUGGUUGGUUUCUGUAAUUGUUGUAUCAGUGGGCAUUAAAAAUAGUUGUUUGCAACAUAUGAGGCUUGUCGGUCUCCAUUCAGACGUAGGAUCAGCCUCACUGUGAGUCAAGUUAAAUUUGCCGUCUGAAUGCACACACAUACAACACUCCUCCUACAAGAUGUAUCUGUGCUGGAACGCUUUGACUUGUAUUUAUAGCAUAUGUUCUCCCUUCCAAGUUUUCCUCUGUAGUGCAAAUGCUGCUCACCCCUAAGAAGUGUCAUCACCUCCAACACAGCUUCAUGUGGGUGAGGGUCACAAUUUUUAGUCUCUUUCUGAAUGUGAAAUAACGAGUAAAAUAGCUGAAGACAGGUAUACAUCAAGGUACAUUUAUUUUCUUAUGCAUGUAAUUAAAUACAUACUGUUAAGUGCAAAUAUUUAAAGAGUCCAGGGUCUAAAGAACUACAGAGUAUAGCUGAACAUAGUACAAAGUUGGACAGUAAUUCAAACAAGCUAAAUAUCACCAGAUACUCCUUGUCUUCAUAGUAGUUGUACAACAGUACCUAAAACAUGAGCAAGUGUGUUGUUCCUUAUGGUCGUACAAAAGCAAAAACUCUACAAUUACCACAUCAAGGACGCAUAUUAUUAAAUUAUUUUGUGCUCAGAAAAACCAAAAGGAAA